AUGGCAUUCACAAAAUCCUUGAUGUUAAUCUUAAUCAUACCAUCAUUCUUCGUUUAUGUUUAUGCGUCACCAUUGUUCAAACGUGAACUGUGUCCAAUAGGAGACUACCAAGGCACCACUUCUUUUUAUUUGUAUGAUUUCUCGAUGGUUAAUAACAAUAAAUUUACCAAUUCUUUUAAAUUAUUUAUAGACCCAUCAGAAGUGAUUAUACCACUAGGAAUCUUGGUACCAGCCGGAUAUAAAUAUAAAUUCACGCUAUAUGGUUCUGGUGUACAAAUGUACAAAUGUAAUGUUUCCUCUCACAUCUGGGAUGCAGUUGGACCUGAUGCUAAACUUUACAAUAAAAGAGUAUCUGAAGAUCAUGAAGAUGCCGUCGAUUAUAUGGUUGGCGAUCAUUACUACCAAAAAGAACCUGUUAACGGAGGUAGAGCUACUUGGCAUUCUACACUCGAUUGUGAUAAUUCAUCUGUUAUUUCGAGACUUUUAUCCCAAAUUCCAUCUCCCGAUGGACCCAAAAACAUUCCGUGGCUUUUAUUGAUUGCUACGGCUAAUAAUGGAAAAGGUGUCUUUAGUGACGUUGCUUUUACAAUUCGUUUAGGUACUAUAGAUGGUAUAGCCCCCCCAGCGGUACCAAAUAUCAAGAUGGGUAUAUUUACAGUAGCGAAUAUUCAACCAAAUACUACUUCUUCAAUCGGGAUCGUCCGCAUCAGUCAUAAUUCAUACUUCGCGACCGGCUUGGAAACCAUAACUUUUUUACAAAUUAUUGAAAACUUAACUAAGUAG